AUGUACGGGACUCAAGCAGCUCGAUCUGGCGCGAGCACUCGAAUACCGGACCUCCUGGAGCAGUUGAAGUCGGAGUAUGAUGCUCUCGGUCAAGAAUCCACCUUGUUGAAGGCUCAGAAGGAGGAUUUUGAACGCAAAUUGGAAUCUCAGAUUGCUGAAUUGAAUAUGAUGACGCAAACCUUGACUGAACUCGAACGCCAGCAUCGCCAAAUGAAGAACACGUAUGAGGACGAAAUCAAAUGGCUAAAGAGGCAGAUUGAAUCUGCUGGUGGAGUUGUUCAACCGAGGAAGGAUGGAGCUGGAAUGCCGAGUGUUGCUUCCAAGGUUGAAGGGACCCAAUCGUCAGCUCUACCCAGCUGCUUCGGCACAGCGGCAGCGCAUUCUGCAUUGGCCGAUGCUAUUCCCAAUAGCCAGAUCAUGGGGGAUACCCCAAUGGCAAACGCAACAAAUACGUCUGCGGGUGAACCUUCGAAGGCAGUGGACUCCAAAGGCCGUCAGCUCGACGACUGGAAUGUUGUGCACAAUCCGAAUGCCACGAGCAAGAUGCACAUCGAGCUGUGUCACACGCUGGAGCACGACUACCCAGCUCCGAGAUGA